AUGAAUGUUGGAACAAUGAGGGAACGCAUAAAUUUUUUGCCGUUCUAGGAACUUUAAUUCUUCUAGUGUUUACUGUUAAAAUGGUGCAUUAUGCAAAACUGGAUUUGACAAGCGACUUUAAAGUCUUCCGUUCAUCCGACAGUAGCACUGGAAUGGGAAAUCUUAAUGACAUUGGACGCGUUCUUUUAGAGCAAAGAAACAAUAUAUCAAAAUUGCUGAAUAUAAAACAACAGAAAAUUGGACAACAAGAGUGUCAGACAAGAAAUACCACAAGUGCAACUGGAGGCUGGUGUGAGAAACAGAGCAAAGAGAAGGGAGGAAAACAUAUGACCGACAAACAGCUUGUACCUACAUUAAUACAAUUUUUAAAAGGGAAAUACAUUGGAAGUUUUGGUGAUGGACCGGGAAGAUAUAAACAACUUUUCAUUGAAUCUGGUGAAGUCAAAGGUUAUGAUGCAUAUGACGGAUCGCCAUUCUGUGACGUCACAAGCAAUGGGAGCGUUAAGUUUCUUGAUUUGACUCUACCACAAUAUGGACUACCUUUAUAGGACUGGAUUCUGAGUUUUGAAGUAGCAGAACACAUUCCAAGACGUUUUGAAAGUGUAUAUAUUGACAACAUUGUUCGCCACGCAAAGGAAGGUGUUGUUUUAAGCUGGGCAAAGGUUGGACAGGGUGGUUAUUUACAUAUCAAUAACAGACCGUUUGAAUACGUUAGAGAUUUAAUGGAUUCACUGGGAUUCAUUCAUGACAAUAAAACAUCAGAAAUAUUAAAAUCAAAUGCAAGUUUUCGAUUUUUAAAAUCAAAUUUAAAUGUCUAUCGAA